AUGACUGGUCGCGGCAAAGGUGGCAAGGGUCUCGGAAAGGGUGGUGCCAAGCGCCACCGCAAGAUUCUUCGUGACAACAUCCAGGGUAUCACAAAGCCCGCUAUCCGUCGUCUCGCACGUCGUGGUGGUGUCAAGCGUAUCUCAGCCAUGAUCUACGAGGAGACCCGCGGUGUUCUCAAGACCUUCCUCGAGGGUGUCAUUCGUGACGCCGUCACAUACACUGAGCACGCCAAGCGCAAGACCGUCACCUCCCUCGACGUUGUCUACGCUCUCAAGCGUCAAGGACGUACUCUGUACGGUUUCGGUGGUUAA